AUGAUAGAAAAGGUAGCCCUUGCAUUGGUAACUGCAGCACGACGGUUACGCCAAUACUUCCAAUCCCACACAGUCAUCGUCAGAACUGACCACCCUGUGCAGAAAAUCCUUCAGAAACCGGAUCUGGCAGGGCGACUAUCGUCGUGGGCCAUCGAGUUGUCAGAAUUCAACAUCCAAUAUGAGCCACACGGACCCAUAAAAGCACAAUGCUUAGCAGACUUCACCAAUGACCUUCAGAACCAACCACCCACCCAAGACCUUUGGUGGACCAUGCACGUAGAUGGCUCUUCAAAUCCCCAAGGUGCCGGCGCAGGAAUAGUACUGGAAGGCCCCGGCGACAUCCUCGUUGAACAAUCCCUGCGCUUCAAUUUCAAAACCUCAAACAAUCAAGCGGAAUACGAAGCUAUAAUAGCCGGCCUCAAUCUAGUGCGCGACGUCGGCGCCAGGAAGCUAAUCUGCAAAACAGACUCCAAGCUCACAGUGGGGCACCUCAACGACGACUAUCAAGUCAAGGACACCAUGCUCUCGCAAUACUACCACACGGUAACCGCCCUAAUCGAACACUUCAAGGCCUUCAGAAUCGAACAUGUCCCUAGAUGUAACAAUACCAGAGCCGAUAUCCUCUCCAAGCUCGCUAGCACUCAGAAGAAGGGACGAUACAAGUCACUCUUGCAGCACACCCUAAGCAUCCCCUCCAUCGAACAGAAUAAUCAAUGCCUCAACAUUACCACAGCCGGCACCUGGAUGGAACCUUUUGUCAAGUACCUAGAAGAAGGAACAACCCCAGCAAACGAAGACAAAGGAUGGGCUCGGAAAGCGGCGCGCUAUACUUUAGUCGAUGGUGAACUAUUCAGAAGGGGCUUCAGCAGACCCUUGCUCAAAUGCAUCACACGUGAACAGGACGAGUAUGUCAUGCAAGAAAUACACCAAGGAGUUUGUGGCUAUCACUCAGGCCCCAAAACCAUGGCAGCCAGGAUAUUACGAGCUGGCUACUACUGGCCAACAAUGGAGGGAGAUUGCAACGCAUACACUAAGAAAUGUGUCCAAUGUCAAAAGCACGGUCCCGUAACGCGCAUACCCCAGGAAGAGCUCCACCAGGUGUCCUUACCAUGGCCAUUCUCCAAGUGGGGAAUGGACAUAGUCGGACCCUUCGCACCAGGCAAAGGCCAAGUGAAAUUCCUACUUGUCGCAGUUGAUUACUUCUCCAAGUGGAUCGAGACCGAACCCCUCGCCACUAUAACCGCCAACCAAGUGCAGCGUUUCGUCUGGAAGAACAUCAUCUGCCGCUACGGUAUACCUCACACCAUCAUAAUUGAUAACGGCCGCCAGUUCAUAGACAAAAGCCUCGGCGAAUUCUACCGUAACUUGAAAAUCACACACAUCACCAGUUCCGUCGAGCACCCCCAAACAAACGGCCAAGCAGAAGCUGCAAACAAGGUCCUCCUCGGCCAACUCAAGAAACGACUGGACGGAGCAAAGGGGAAGUGGCCGGACGAACUUCUUGAAGUGUUUUGGGCAUACAGAUGCACGCCCUAG